AUGGCAUUUGAUAAAAGAGAUGAAAUACUUGUAUUGCCUUUCUUUGGGCAAGGCCAUCUCUUUCCUUUCUAUGAACUCAUCAAACACUUUAACUCCCUCAACUUUGCAACCACCAUCUUCAUCCCCUCCACACUUGCUUCAACUAUUCCCUCUUGGCUUCACAACCACGGCUUUAUUCGUAUAGUCUAUAUCCCCUCCUCAGCCCAUCCCUUUCCCACUCCACCCGGGCCGGGCCAAUGUGGUAGCAAGCACUAUGAAGAACUACUCCAUGGAGUUGAGUCCUUCCUAUUAGCUCAACCUUUAAAACCUCUUUGUGUUGUGAUUGACAUCAUGAUGGGCUGGGCCAAGGAUGUUUUUAAGAAGUUUGAAAUUCCCAUGGUCACUUUGUUCACUUCUGGAGCUUGUUCAGCUGCUAUGGAAUAUGGAUCAUGGAAGGCCCAUGUGAGUGACUUAAAGCCCAAUGAAGCCCGUAUCUUGCCCGGAUUACCCUGUGAAAUGGCAGUUUCUUAUUCUGAUCUUAUAAGGCAAGCCCACCAAACUCCUCUUCCUCCUCCGCCUCCAUUUAAUGGGCCACAUUCCGGGCUUGAGGAUAGGGGCUAUAGAGGCCCACCAAACGCCCGUCAUCCUCUUUAUUUUCCUUCACCUCCAUCUGAUGGGCCAAAUUCUGGGCUUGAGGAAAAGGAAUAUAGAGGUCCACCAAAGGCACACCAUCCUAUACCUCCUCCUUCACCUCUAUUUAACAGGUCACAUUCUGGGCUUCAGGAAAAGGGCUAUAAAGGCCCGCCAAAUGCCCACCAACAGCCACCCUGGAUUAAUGACUUGGAAGGUAUUUCAUGUAUCAUGAUGAACACAUGUCAUGAACUAGAAGGCCAAUUCCUUGAUUAUCUGACCAAUCAGAUACGCAAACCCAUUUGGGCAGUGGGCCCAUUAUUACCCGAAGAGUAUUGGAAACCAAUAAGUUUACCAGUUCUUGAUCAAGACAUACGUGCCAACAAGCAGUCUAAUCACACCGAACAAGAGGUGAUCCAAUGGCUGGACUCUAAACCAUUUGGGUCUGUCCUCUAUAUUUCCUUCGGUAGUGAAGUGGGUCCCACAAAAGAUGAGUAUGCUGAGUUGGCAAGUGCAUUGGAAGAAAGUGAUUGGCCCUUUAUAUGGGUCAUCCAGCAUGGGUACUACCAAGAUGAUUUGGAAACAAAGGUAGGAGAAAAAGGACUAAUAAUCGCGGGUUGGGCCCCACAAUUAAUGAUCUUGAGGCACCCAUCAAUAGGCGCGUUUUUGUCACAUUGUGGAUGGAACUCGACACUAGAGGCUAUCAGAAGAGGAGUCCCGAUUUUAGCAUGGCCCAUUAGAGGUGAUCAACAUUAUAAUGCGAAGCUAAUAGUGAGUUAUCUUAAGGUUGGUUACAUGAUAAGAGAUGAUGCAAGUUUGUUUCAACAUGACAUAGUGAAGAAGUUUGACGUAGUGAAAGGUGUUGGAAUGAUAAUGAAUGAUCAACAAACUAAACAACGGGCCAAAGUGCUCAGGGUUAUUUUCUCUAGCGGAUUACCAGCAAGUUCAAAAGUUACAUUAAGUGCAUUUAGAAGUUUAUUUGUUGAUAAAGAUAAGUUUCCUUAGGUAUAUUCGUUAUGACUUGUUAUGAAAAUUAAAUAGUUUCAAGUCUAUACAACUUUUAUGUUCACCUAUAGGCCGCUUGGUA